GCCACGAAUGGCGGAGCGGUUUAUCUGAAUUGCCUUUUUCAAUGUCUUUUCAUUUGCAUGUUAUGGGCAAUUAAGUAAGACUCUCUAUUGAGAGUGUAUGAUUCCAUGGAAUAUUUUUCUGGGACACUUAAUAUUCGAAUAUUUGAAGCAGCUGAAUUAAAACCGACAGCUUGCGCUACACGACAUGCAGUUGGACCAGCUGCAAAAUUAUAUGAACUAUUAGAUCCUUACGUGACAAUAGAUGUUGAUGAUAUUGCUAUUGGUAAAAGUUCUACAAAAUCACGAACAAAUGUACCCCAGUGGAAUGAAGAUAUCUGUGCAGAAGUUAGUUAUGCCCAACAGCUUACAUUUACUGUCUAUCAUGAUGCAGCUAUCCCACCGGAUGAUUUUGUUGCCAUCAUUGAAUUGGCUAUACGUAAUGUACGAUCUGGUGAAGAUAUGUGGCUUGAGUUGGAACCUCAGGGAAAGUUGCAUAUACGUAUUGACUUAGCCGGUACGCGAACAGAUGAACCGCCUAGAGAUCGUCCAGGAUUUCCUGGCAGAGAUAGUGCUAUUGGUGGGGUACACGGAAAGCAUUAUCGAUGUGGUGCACUACGUCGAAGAAUUCAUCAAGCUAAGGGGCAUAAAUUUCAAGUGACAAGUCUACGUCAAUUCACUUUUUGUUCAUUAUGCAAUGGUUUUAUUUGGGGUUUAUGGAAUCAAGGUUAUCAGUGUCAAGUGUGCACAUGUGUUGUACACAAACGUUGUUAUUUAAAUGUAAUCACCCAGUGUCCUGGUGUUAAAUCACCGCCAAGUUGUCCAACAGCUGCUCUACAAAGUCGCUUCAAUAUUAAUGUUCCGCAUAAAUUUCGAAUACAUACAUUUAUGCUGCCAGCAUUUUGUGAUCAUUGUGGUUCCCUAUUAUUUGGUUUAAUGCGACAAGGUUUACAAUGUGAAGUAUGCCGUUUAAAUAUACAUAAAAGAUGUGAGAAAAAUGUUGCAUCCCAUUGUGGUGUAAAUACACGUAAUCUUGUCGCAGCUAUACGCUUGUGCGGAUUGAAUCCAUCUGAUCUUGGUGUAAGUCCAUCGGGUGCAACUACACUGACAACAACGACAACAUCAACAGCGGCAUCGGCGGCUGCAACAACUAUUGGUCCAAGUCGUACUGCAAGCACUACUAUUUCCUCUUCGAUUCGUCCUAUAUCAGCUGGUUCACGUGGUGUUGGACCGUUUGGUGCGUAUGGAAUUGGUGGUGGUGGUGGUGAUGUUGGCUAUCCAACUUCGCCUACACCUUUAAAACCGAGUAAAGGUGAUACUGGUUUUUCUAGUGCUUCAAUUAUGGGAAUAGCUCCACAUGAACGAUCAUUAAGUUCGCCUAUUUCAUUGCCAACUGCUGAUUUAUCUGGUCGUGGUGGUAGUGCUACUGGUGGAUUAGGCGUCGGUGGUGUUAGCUUCGAAGCAGAUGAAUCAAGUAGAUAUGCAACAUUAGAUCCGGUUACUGGAAGUGGUUUAAUGAGUAGUACUGUAGGCCCAGUCGCUGGACGACAUGGGAUGCCAGCUCAAAGACCAUCUUCAUUACAAGAUCCUCCUGAUGUUUAUGGUUGUACAACAACAGGUCCACGUAUCCCAUGUUUGAAUGAUUUUACAUUUCUUAAAGUAUUAGGCAAAGGUAGUUUUGGUAAAGUUAUGUUAGCUGAAUAUAAAGCAACUGGUGAGGUGUUCGCUGUGAAAGUAUUGAAAAAGGAAGUUAUCCUACAAGAUGAAGAUGUGGACUGCACACUGACAGAGAGACGUAUUCUCGUCCUGGCUGUACAUCAUCCAUUUUUAACUGCAUUAUAUUGUGCAUUUCAAACUGAGGAUCGUUUAUUUUUUGUUAUGGAAUAUGUGAAUGGGGGGGAUUUAAUGUUUCAAAUACAACGUGCACGUCGUUUCGAUGAAGCUCGUGCAAGAUUCUAUGCAGCUGAGGUGAUCUUAGCUCUUAUGUUUUUACACAAUCAUUAUAUUGUUUAUCGUGAUUUAAAACUGGAUAAUAUCCUGUUAGAUGCUGAAGGACAUUGUAAAUUAGCCGAUUUUGGAAUGUGUAAAGAAGGCAUGAAACCGGGCAAGACAACAUCGACUUUCUGUGGGACACCGGAUUAUAUUGCACCAGAGAUUCUAGCUGAAUUGGAUUAUGGGUUCAGUGUUGAUUGGUGGGCUUUAGGCGUGUUAAUGUAUGAAAUGAUGGCUGGUGCUCCACCAUUUGAAGGCGAUACAGAACAAGACUUGUUCAAUGCUAUCUCAUAUGAAGAAGUCACCUAUCCACCGAAUUUACAUCCAGAUGCUGUGGAUAUUUUAUCGAAAUUCUUAGUUAAAUCACCGGCACGUCGACUUGGUUGUGUAGUAGCUGAUGGCGGAGAAUUGGCUAUACAACGACAUCCAUUUUUCAAAGAAAUUGAUUGGCAAAUCCUAGAAGAGCGUAGAGUACGCCCACCAUUUCGGCCUAAAGUUCGUUCUAGAAUUGAUACAAGCAAUUUUGACAAGGAUUUCACUACUGAAGAACCCGUACUGACUCCAUCUGAUAAUACUUCUGAGUUGGCGGCUAUAGCACAAGAUGUAUUCGCCGAUUUCGAUUGUCUGAAUGUUGAUUACAGUGUUAUGCGUUAUCAUACUACUCGACCUAGUCAACAACAGCCGUUACAAUCUGUGAUGACUGGUCUGCAUAUCUCCAAUACACCGUAUAUCCCAUUGUCGUCGUCAACAUCCUCACCACCACAAGCUCCAUCAUCAGCACCAACACCAUCACCACUCACUUCGGCGGCAGCGGUGGUGUCAACAACACCAGUAACGACGACGUCAACAACAUCAUCAAUAUCUUCUAGUGGUGUUGGUGGAGGUGGUGGCGCUGCUUUUGCGUCUGAAAGUAGUCAUCCAGUGGAUAAUUUAAAUCUGAAGAUAAUUCCACGCUCAAUCAUUGGUGGUAGUGUUGGUGGCGGCGGCGGCAGUGAAAGUACAACCGCAACAGCAACAUCGCCAACCUCAUCCUCCUUAUCGGGUUGUAAUCCUUCUGGCAAUACUUCACGAUUGACCAUUCCAUCUGAUUUAUCAGUAAUGAAUCCAAUCCCUUCGUCUAUGCAUAGUGCACCAACUUCACCGACUCGUAGUCAUUCCAAUAUUUCUAGUUAUGAUGAUAAAGUAAUGACUAAAUGGCUUGCUCAUUAAAAUGGAAAUAUUAAUUCAUCAAAUCAAUUGACUGACUGAUCGACCGAUCAAUUUAAUGCUAAAAUAUACACACAAUAUCACACUAUGUCUCUUUAUCGAUCAAUCUAUCCACACACAUAUAUACAUAAAUGUCAUCCAACUAUUAUUAUUAUGACUGUUGUAUGAAGUCAUUUUGGUUGCCCCAGCCCCCUUGUUUCUCUCCCCCCAUUCUCUAGUCCUGCCCCACCCCACUGAUCUCUGCGACGCCGCUGACCCCCCUUCUGCCUCGUCCACCCCACCCACCCCCAACUCUCGAGUACUACAGAAAACACACCUAUACAUAUAUACAUAUUUCAGUUGCCUAUUUUUGUUCAUUCCUACGUCGUCGUCAAAGUGGUAGUUGAGUGGUAGUAUGUUGACAUCAGCAGCGUCGGUGGUGGGGGAUGUGUGUGGGGAGGAGUGUGAUGUGCAUUUCUCUUCUCUUCAAAUGCAUUUCAACGUUGAUGUGAUUCUUUUUCACACUUUUACAUCUUACAACGUACUUAUUAUUAUUAUGAUGAUGGUGAUUACUCAUAAGUAGUUGAAUGCAUUUCAGUUGAUUAUUAUUAUUAUUUAUUUAUUUAUAUUGUUACCGAUUAAAACAGAAGUUAUAUUACACUGUAGUCUGUGAUUAUGAUUAUUAUUAAUUAUUAUUAUCGUUAUUUCAUUUGAUCUCUCUGUCUGUCUAUCUAUCUGUUUUCUCAGACACACACAGAGGAGUGGUGAACUUUCUCUCCAUCAUUUCUACAAUAUAUAUACAUUUGCUUUAUUUGUGUCUGUGUCUGCGUGUGUGUCUGUAUUUCCGUGAUCAGAUGUUUGUAAAAUGAUUUCUUUUUCUUUUUGGUUUUUCUGCUUUUUUUAAAACAAGUUCUUUCAUGUAUGACACACGGGGGGGCACUAAGUAUGCAUUUAAAGUCAAAUGUCCUCCACCCCCCGUCUCUAUCUCUGCAUCUUUGUGAUUUACUAACACAUUUAGUAUUAUGUGUUGGUGCGUUCAGCGAUCUGAAGGUCGUCGUGGUGGCGGGGGGGGUGGGGGACGAAAGGCUCUUUCACACAAUAUGACUUUCAUUCAUUUUGUUUUCUACCACUUUGUGUUGUGUUGUUUUUGUUGCAUUUUUGUCCACCUCCCCGUCACCAUGGUACUGUGCUGUAUGUGUGUGUGUGUGUGUGCGUGGGAGGAGGUGCAUUUCUCUGUUUGUUUGUUUUUUGGCUUUUUCUUGCUUAUUUAUUUAUUUUUAACGAAAUUCCCUUUUGCAUUUAUCUUCAGCCCCCCACCCUUCGUUUGUCGAUACUCCACUCCACACACCCUCCCCGCGAGUCCUCUUUCAAAAACAGUGUGACAACUAGUCAAUAUUAAGAGCAACAGAAUAUAUAUAAGAAUAACAAGGAGUUUUAUUUAGCCUCUACCAGCUGAGAUUUACCCCUUAUUUAACUUAUUUAUUUAUAUACAUCUAUAUAUGUACACAUACAUACAUGCGCACAUUUGUGACGACAACACACUCUGAUUAUAACUUUAACUGGUUUAUCGUUGCUUUUAAUUUUUGGUUAUAUAGCUAUGUCUGUGAAUGUCUUCUCCCACCUCACCUACACACCUACCUUCCUUCUUUACCAAAGAUUUCUUCUUCAGAAAUAUCAUUUUGUUGUUGGUGGUGUUUCUUCUCUUCUCGUUUUUCGUGACUGGAACUGACUGACUGAAUAUAUUCAGAUGUAUACACCCCAUGUUCUCGUUGCCUAUUCUAAUUCUAAUAAAUAAUAAUAAUAAUUGUAAUGACAAUCCUUCUCCUUUAAUGAGAUAUAUAUCUGUACACCGUGAUAGUAUAGGUAUAUGGUCUCAUCACUUCUGUGGGCAUUUUCAUCUACUUAUCAGCCUGUCUGCCACCCCUCGCCACCCAUUCUCGGUUGGUCUUCUCUCCUUUUUUUUUAUCCAAUUCUCUUAUGCCCCUUAUCAUCAUGACAUUGAAAGAUUGAGCAUUUAUUUAUAAUUAACUUGAAGAUGACAUCCAUCUAUCCAUCCAUACUUUUCACAUUCUCUCCUUCAUAUCCUUUGUUGAUAUUAUUGAUUUAAAUGAUUGCAUCAUCUGCAAGCACAUUAUUAUUAUUAUUUUUUGACAUAUUAUUAUUAAUUUUUAAUGCCAUCAGUUCAUUUUGAUUGAGACUGGUGGGUGGGUGGGUAGGUGACUGCGUGUGUGUUGUUGGCGCACAUAAAUUCUACACACACACAUGAACAAUGUGAGAAUGCAUUUUUUUUAAUUAUUCGAAACAAUAACGUUUCUUCCAAUCUUCUCUCUGUGUGCAUUACACGCAUCUGUCUCUCUCUCUCUCCCACUUUGCCUUGGCAACAGUUGCAUUUCAUGUUGUUUGUCUGACUGUAUCUGUCUGUCUGCCUGUGCGUUGUUGUCUUUUUUGCAUUUUUCAUUUUCUUUCUCCAAAUCCUGAUCUCGUAAUUAUUGAUUUUGAUCCAUUAUUUUUUUGUUAAUCCCAAAUGUUCAUGAUACGGUGUUGAUUUAUUUUUGUCAUCUAUCUGCCUGUCUGUAUGUCCAUCCAUCUGUAUGUUUGUCUAUCUAUCUAUCGAUCAAUGUAUUUGUUUCUUCAAGUGCUGAUUGAUUGAAUUGUCUAGUUGGAUUACUAUACGUCAUCCUGUUGUGUCUGGUUAUAGUAAUCAUCUUUCUUUCUCUUCCCUUUCCACCCUCCCCUCACUCUUUCUAUCGUGUCUCUCUCGUAUUUUCUCACUCACUCUUUCUUUAUAUAUACACACACACGUGUGUAUGUAUAUAUAGUGUUUAAAAUACGAAUCUUUAUUAAUGAUGAAGAACGCUUCGUCAUGACACAGAACAAAACGACGGUGAUGUUUGUGUGUACGACGGGUGGGGGGGGGCGAGACGUUUUUGGAAAAAUAAACGAUAAUAAAAACGCUAUUUAAAUCUCGUGAUAAUGUGCUGAUGUAUACACACCAAAAUGGUUGAUAUUAAUAUAAGUAACAAUAUAAAUAUUAUACAGAUAUAUAUAAAUAUAUAUAUAUAUAUAUAUAUAU